AUGAGCAGUGAGCAUGGCGACCGGCCGAACAAUGAUCAACCGAACCCGACUCUGACAGCUAAGCCGGGAGGGCGAAAGAAGAUCCGACCCACUUAUUCAUGCUUAAACUGCCACAAACGCAAAGUCAAGUGCGAUCGGGUGAAGCCAUGCGGUGCUUGUUGUCUGCGAGGAACGCCCUCGGAGUGCGAAUAUGGCACCAGCAAAAAGGACCGACAUUACAUUGAGCAAUCGUCACUGAUCGAUAAUCUUAUGCAAACGUGUGAAAGCCUCAAACAGCAGCUCGCAGAGGCUCGUCGAUUGGCCAACCUUCCUCCCGUAAAGGCUGAAGAAAGCGGCAGUAGUUCUUUAUAUCAGAUUAGACCCAACAUUGAUGAUGAUGACGACGACGACGAAAGAGAGAGUGACCAGGCAAAUCAGCCGGUGCUACCUCAGCAGGUUUCCCCAGAUUCUUCCGAUUCUUUAGGGCCAACCCUGGGGGAUAAUACUCGGUCUCCGAGACAAUCUUCACCUAUGUCACUGGCCCGCCAGAAAGCAAUUCUCGAUGACCCGGCUCUUGCAUCGACAGUGAUGGAAUUGUUUGUCGACCGACUGAUUCGUAAUUUCAGUCCUGAUGAUCACCGGAAAUAUGGCGGCACCAUUGCAUUGCGCGAAGCUUCGGAGAUGCGGAUGAUUUCGCCCAUGCUGUGUAAUGCCUUUGAGGCUGCGGCGCUUACAUUUGUCGGUCGGCGCGAACGUAACCGGUCUAUCGAACUAGCAGGACAUGCAAAAUAUGUCCGCAUGCUUCGGCAACUUCAAAUUGCUCUAUUCGACGCAGAGAGGAACAAGUCGACCGAGGUCCUCGUGGCUGUAUUAUUGUCAACUAUCACGGAGGUCACGGCCGCACUGGUACAUCGCAAGCCGACAUUCAUGGCCUCUAAAGAAUGGCUGACUGUUCCCUGGGCGGGCGACGCUCCCGCCAAGGAUAUUCUACACCAUCUACUUGACAUCGCAGUGGAUAUUCCGGGCUACCUCUCCCGGAUCGAUGAAUUUUCCGCCAUGUUAAAGAAAGAGGCCGACUGCACGUUCGAGCUCACUGGGAUGCAGAGCUCCAUCUGGCAGCAAGCGACCGAGCUGCAAACGCGUCUAAAUAUGUGGAAGGCGUUUUACGCCGACACAUAUCCUCAAGGGACCGCGUGGGAAGUGUCUGACAAUGAGUCUGCGGACGGCUUCCCCAUCUUUCGAUGCCGUAACCCGAGCACCAUGUGUGUCACGGUCGGCAAAGUCCUGCACUAUCCCGAUAUUCUCCUGGCCACCUCAAUGUGCUUCUACUGGGCAUUGUCACUGGUGGUCUCGGCCACGGACACCGGUUUCAUCAGCGUGCUCGGACCGCACCAACGCUACCAGUUUGCAUGCGAUAUCUGUCGCAGUAUGAAAUAUUACAUCAAUAAUAUCCCGGGCUACCUUAUGUCUCGCAUCAUGUUCGUCCUCCGUACUGCCUUUGACGCAUUUUCGCCCGGGAUGAUCGAGAAGGAAUACGUAGCGGAGCUGUUCCAGUAUAUCGGGCGCAAGUUGGAGUUUACCGUGUUCUCGAACAAGUGCACGUCGUCGGCCGUGAAGAGCAAGUUUACAUGA